ACAGAGCACCAGCAGAGAGAUAGCGACAGAGCAAUAGACAGAGAGAGAGACAGAGAGAGAGACAGAUGGAGUCCCCAUUCAAGGUUGAUAUUCUGAAAGGAAAGGUUGCCCUUUUGACAGGCGGAGGCUCUGGUAUUGGGUUCGAGAUAGCCACUCAGUUCGGUAAGCAUGGCGCCUCAGUUACGAUCAUGGGCCGACGCAAGCACGUUUUGGACUCUGCUGUUGCCGCUCUCCAAUCCCACGGAAUUCGGGCUGUUGGGUUUGAAGGAGAUGUUCGCAAGAGGGAAGAUGCAAUCAGAGUUUUAGAGUCAACUGUUAGUCAUUUUGGCAGGCUGGAUAUUCUUGUGAACAAUGCAGCUGGCAAUUUUCUUGUGAACGCAGAGGAUUUAUCCCCUAAUGGAUUUCGCACAGUUAUUGAUAUUGAUUCUGUAGGCACAUUUACAAUGUGCCAUGAAGCACUGAAGUAUCUCAAGAAAGGAGGACCAGGAAGGGGUCCAGCUAGUGGUGGAACAAUUUUGAACAUAAGUGCAACUUUGCAUUAUACAGCAUCUUGGUAUCAAAUCCAUGUGUCCGCUGCCAAGGCAGCUGUUGAUAGCAUUACAAGGUCCCUGGCAUUGGAGUGGGGAACUGAUUAUGGUAUCAGAGUCAAUGGUAUUGCACCAGGACCGAUUGAAGACACUGUUGGAGCUCGUAAACUUGCACCUGAUGAGAUAACGAUCAAAGCAAGGGACUACAAGCCACUCUAUAAAAUGGGGGAGAAAUGGGAUAUUGCGAUGGCUGCCCUCUACCUAGCAUCAGAUGCAGGUAAAUACAUUAAUGGUACAACACUAGUUGUUGAUGGAGGAGAUUGGUUGAACCAGCCCCGACAAAUGCCAAAAGAGGCAGUGAAGGAGCUCUCUCGAGUUGUGGAAAAGAGAUCCAGAGAAGCACCCGUUGGGGUUGCAAAGAGCAAGAUAUAAAAUUUCAUACAUUGAUAUUGUUAUUUGGUCCCAUAUCAAUCUUCAAUGUUUUUAUUGAACUGAUAUCCUGGUCUUUAUUUGUGUAUGCCUUACUGGUUAUAUCUAUCUUAAAUGGAGAGAGAGGGAUCAUAUGGAUUGGUCAUCUAUCAAAUCCUGUAACUAGAAAGCCUCAUAGAGAUCAUUUCAUCCAAUGGAGUUAUAAUUCCACCGUUUAAGUUUAUUUGCCA